CGUGACUGCGGCGCGGACUGUAGCGCUACUGUCUUCUUGUGUGUUUAAAUCGUGAACUGUCCGACUGAAGGCGAGGUUUAUCGAGGAUUUAUUGCUGUAAGAGUGACGGAGAGUCGGGGCCUGGGCAGUGGCACAACUCUACUCCCUAUGACAAACAUUACACAGUUCUGAUGAAUGAAUGGACUCUUUCUCUGUGGGGUGGACAGCAGCAGAGGAGGGAGUGGUGGACCCACCAGGACUGAUUAGUAUAACAAUACCAGUCCAUUCCUUUGAAGGCAGGCUGUGUGAAUGGUUGUGUGGGUGCCUUAUUAAAUUAUUGAUGCGCAUCCUUCCGCCCCUCAAGUGCCCUUCCUCUCUGAUCCCAUCUGAAGGACUGAUAUUGCGGCGUGUUGGGAGAGGCAGCUGAGUCUCUGCGUAAGAUCACUCACACCCUGGCCAUGAAGAACGAGGAGAUUUCAAAUUUCAUCUGCACGCUCAAACAGAACCUGGAGAACCUGGAGACGAACGCCAGUCGGGUGCAGGAGGACUUGGAGUCAGAGUUCACCUCGCUACACUCUGUUCUGGACGAGAUGAAGGGAAAUAUGCUGACGAGGAUCAAGCAGGAGAGAGCGAGUCGCACCUACGAGCUGCAGAGUCAGCUGAGCGCCUGCUCCAAAGCCCUGGAGAGUUCAGAGGAGCUGCUGGAGCUGGCCAAUCAGACGCUCUGCUCCUCUGGGACGGACGGUUUCACUCAGGCGGCCAAAGACAUUAAGGAUAGCGUGACAAUGGCCCCGGCCUUUCGCCUCUCCCUGAAGGCCAAGGCCAGUGACAACAUGAGUCACCUGAUGGUGGAUUUCAGCCAGGAGAGGGAGAUGCUGCAGGGGCUCAAGUUUCUCCCAGUUCCUGCCACUCCAGAGAUCCAGGUGUCGGAGUGUCAGGUGUGUGACAACACGGUGACUGUGGUGUGGACCCUACCAGAGCCUGACAUCAAGAUAGACCACUACAUCCUGGAACAUCGGCGCACAAAUCACGAGGGUCCACCGCGCAUCAGAGAGGAGUACCCUUGGAUGGUGGUGGAAGGGAUCCGAGAGAUGGAGUGCACACUCACAGGUCUGCGCUUUGACACACGGUACAUGACGUUCAGAGUGAGAGCGUGCAACAAGGCCGUGGCCGGAGACUUCUCUGAGACGGUUACCCUAGAAACCCACGCCUUCAACUUUAAACUGGACUCUGGUUCUGCCCACCAGAACCUGAAAGUGGAGGAUCUGAGUGUGGAGUGGGACAGCAGUGGAGGAAAAGUGCAGGAAAUCCGUAAAGAGAAGAACAGAACCAACUCUCCGAUGCACUCCCCAGCCAGGUCAGCUCUGAUGUCUCCUAAAAGAGCUCCGACAGCUCGGCCAGGCAGAGACAGGUUUACAGCAGAGUCCUACACAGUGCUAGCCGACACCAUGAUCGACGCUGGCCAGCACUACUGGGAAGUGAAGUUUGAUAAGGAGAGCAAGGCGUUCGCUGUAGGUGUCGCUCUGCGGAGUCUGGGUCGGUUCGACCAGCUGGGGAAGAGCAGCUCGUCGUGGUGCAUCCAUCUGAACAACUGGCUGCAGCAGAGUCUCACAGCCAAGCACAACAACAAGGCCCGAACCCUCGACUGCGCCAUCCCCAGCAGUAUAGGAGUCUAUGUCAACUACGAAGAGGGUACACUCUCCUUCUACAACGCCAAGCCCAAGCAGCUGAUGCACACCUUCAAAACAAAGUUCCAGCAGCCGGUCAUUCCAGCUUUCAUGGUGUGGAACGGGAGUUUCUCCGUGGUGACCGGCCUGCAGGUUCCCAGCGUGGUGCAGAGCGGCCAGAGGAAGAACAGUGGCACCAGCAGCUCCAACGCCAGCCUCACCUAAACCCAUUCGUCCAUCCAGCUGGACUCAGUCACGCUUCAUCAUAUCCUCUGCACAAACUGCGAUUGAAGUCUUCUACAGGAAGAGUGACCUCACCGGAGCGUGAUCGUUUUCUGUGUUGCAUGACAGCAAAAUUACAGAUUCAUGGGAGCAAGUGACUGGCUGCUGUGAGACUUGAGGCUUUAGGUUUAGUCAUAGUUGUUUUUCCUCCCGCUGCACAUUCCUUCAGCACCGUCCUCCUGCUGCUAUAGCAAUGAUUUAGCGCUGGCCGCUGCUGCUUCACUUGAACCACCAGCUGAGCUGUCCUGCCUCCAGCUCCAGGUUCAGGCUCCUGUUCUGUUCUUGUGCCUUCCUUAUCAUGUUCAUCUGUAACCACCGCAUAAAUGCUACUGUAAUGCUUUCUCAGCAAGAAACGACCUCCUUAUUUUAGUGUGAAACCAUGUGUUCAUUUAAGUUAGGUUAUGUCUCAAUCAACUAGUGUAAACCAAAUAAUAUCCAGCUCCAAGACAAUGAGACGGAGCAGAAAGCUCUGCAGCCUUUGUGGUCUUUAUGCUGAUGUCUGAGGUUCCCUCUGCUUCCUGGGGUUCCAAAGAGAAGGUUCAGUUAGAUUUGAGUCCCAACAAGGGAAAUGAGAAGUUUUUGGUUUCAAAUUGAGUUCAGUCAGUUCAGUAUUUUUACCCAGAGUUUAAAAGCCAUCAGUAGAGCCCAGAUUAAUUCAUCCUGAAAAACGAUAGGAAGCUGUAGGAGAUGAGUUAUUAGCCAAAAACCUAUGAUGAGAUUGCAUCUUAUUAUGCCUGAAUCCAUUUAAAUGCUGUAGCAUUAAUUCAGUAUUUAUCUUCACUUUUAGCUGUACCAGAACGGUCAAAAUGUCAGACUGAAUUAAAGCACAUGGUGGAGUUGGACCCAGUUAACUCAGAAAGUUGAAACCUGAUUUUAAGAAUCUAGUGUUUGCUUUUAAACGCAGAUUUCUGUUUUGACGGAGUGGUCCUCAUCGAAUCAUGUUACUUAUACUCCACACGUUUAACGUUCCAUUUUAUACUCAUUGAAGUCCUUGUUUAAAUAUCUAAAAUGGGAUUUUAGGAGAGUUGAGUUGUGUUAGCCAACAGAAAAAAGGCACAAAGAUGCAGAGUUGGUGAGAAUUUGUUCAGAAAUGUAAAACAAACACACCCAGUCGGUCAGAAAUCCCCUCCAAAAAUACCCGUCAGUGAGCAGGUUUAGUUUGGAGUCGGUUACCAUGGUGAUGAAGUCAGAGUCACUUGUCUCUCUGGAGCAGUAAAGAGUUUCCCUAAAUUCAGUUAUUUUACAGGAUGUUUAUGAAACCAGCUUUGUGCAACGCCUCGGAUGUGUUAGGUUUAUUUUUGGCUGAACUUACAUGUAGAAGGGAACCCCUCACUUUGGUUCAGUGUUGUGGAAACGAAGGAGCUUACAUUUAUAUCCAGCAGAGAUCCCACUACGAGUAGCUGCCAGUCUAUAUCUGAGAAGCCCAGUAGCUCCAGCUAACACCGUAUGUUACUGCAUCACAUCUCAGCCGGGAAGAUGUGAUCAGGCCAGGAAAACAUAUCCUCAAGUGUUCACCUCUGGUUCUCGUCCCCGUCAUGUUUUCUGUAACAUUGUUCUGCCACGUUUCCACAGUAGCCCGCCAUGCUUUAGUCAAGCACCCAGCUGUCAGUUAUUCACUUUAUUUCACAAGCUGACAAAAAGUCACAAUUUAUUGUAAAUAGUUUAAGUUUUUCCACUUUAAUGUAUCAGUAAAUGAGGUAAUAAAAGGAGUGAAGAUACUUCA